CCUUCUUAUACUUAUAAAAACAAACAAACAAACUCCCAUCUCUUUUAAAGUUGAAAGAGUAUAGUAGUUAUCUUUACUGAUAGAAUAUCACAAUUAAUCAAAUGGCUUCUUCUUCUUCCUGUUCUUCUUGUUUGUUUAGAGCUUUGUUUUUGAUGAUGAUGUGCAUGGGGGUGGUGAUGAGUGAUGACCCAUUGGCAACAAAGUGUUCUAAUGAUUUCCAAAAGUUGAUGGGGUGUUUGGAAUAUGCGACUGCGAAGAAGGAUACACCGAGCGAGGAUUGUUGUAGUUCGGUGACGGACAUAAAAGGGAAAGAACCGGUUUGUUUGUGUUUUAUUAUUCAGCAAACGCAUAGUGGCUCGCAGUCGGUCACGUCACUUGGACUUCAGUUUGGCAGGCUCCUGCAGCUCCCUGCUGCUUGUAAACUUGCCAAUGCUUCUCUCUCUGACUGCCCUAAGCUUCUAAAGCUAUCUCCAAACUCAACAGACGCUGCUAUCUUCACCAAUGCCACCAAAGCUUCCAGUUCAACCAGUAGUUCCACAAGUGCAGUCCCAGCCUCAUCCGCAGGAAUCAUAGAUCACAUCCUGCUUGUUGUUGCUUUGGUCACUGUUGUGGCCUCCUCUAUGCUUUUGUCCAUCUUAUGAGUGGUGUUUUAGUUAUCUGCUAUUCUGGACCAUUGUUUUCAUUUUAAAUUUGGAUUAGUUUUUUUGUUGCUAUCAAGAGGUUUUAUGUUUACAAUGCAGAAUGCAUCGAGUAUGUUAAAUUAUUUCUGCAUUUGAUCACCAGAUUUGUGUCUUGCAAAUUUUCAGGUUGUUUCUUGAGCAUCCUUAUUUUCCCCUUCAGUUAGUUCAGUUAUAAUCAAACCAAAUGGUGUCUUGUUUGCUAUUUCUACUCUGUAACUCUUGUAAUCCUAUUCCUUACAUUCAUCACUACUGGACCUGGAGGUCUUAUUUAA